AUGACCCACCGCUGCAGGAGAUCCUCUGGUCUCUGGAAGAUCGUGGUGUGGGAUGAGGCUUUCUUCCAGGGAAAGAAGCACGAGUUCACAGCUGACUGCUACAGCACCCCCGAGCACGGCCUCAGCACCGUCCGCUCCUGCAAGAUCGAGAGUGGGGCGUGAGGUGCCGGGGGCUUCCAGUACCUCCUGGAGAGCGACAGCCACGCGGGGGAGUACAAGCACGUGCGGGAGUGGGGCUCCCACGCGCAGACAGGCCAGGUCCAGUCCAUCCGCAGGGUCCAGCAGUGA